UCAGGAGGAGCAGAGCAGAGCAAGAAGAGCAGCACGUACAGGAAGAUGACGAGCAAGGUGUGCGUGACCGGGGCCAGCGGCUACAUCGCGACAUGCCUCGUCAAGAAGCUGCUGCAACGAGGCUGCGUCGUCCAUGCAACCUUGAGAAAUCUCGGCGACGAGACGAAGACGGCGCCGCUGAGGAGGCUGGCCGGCGCGGCGGAGCGGCUGGUGCUGUUCGAGGCCGACAUGUACGACGCCGACACCUUCGAGCCGGCCAUCGCCGGCUGCGAGUUCGUCUUCCUCGUCGCCACCCCCAUCUUCCACGGCCCUCUUAGCACCAAGUACAAGAACACCACCGAGGCGGCCGUGGACGCGAUGCGCAUCAUCCUGCAGCAAUGCGAGAGGGCAAAGACGGUGCGGCGCGUCAUCCACACCGCUUCCGUCACCGCCGCCUCGCCGCUCAGGGAGGACGGCGGCAACGGGUUCAAGGACUUCAUCAACGAGUCGUGCUGGACUGCUCUCGAUAAAUCCCACGGAUACAGCAACGACGUCAUGGAUGCCUAUGCCUCAUCCAAGACACUCACGGAGAAGCUGCUGCUGAGCUACAACGAGUCCGGGAGCAGGGGGUUCGAGGUGGUCACCCUGGCGUGCGCGCUCGUCGGCGGCGACGCCGACACCACGCAGCCCUACCACUCGCUCAGCAUCCCGGCGAUCGUGUCGCCGCUCACCGGCGACGAGCGGCCCCACGGCACCCUCCUCAAGUUCCUGCAGGCCCUGCUCGGCUCCGUGCCGCUGGCGCACGUCGACGACGUCUGCGAGGCGCACCUCUUCUGCAUGGAUCGCCGGCCGCCCAUCGCCGGCCGCUUCCUCUGCGCCGCCGGCUACCCCAACAUGCAGGACUACGUCGACCGCUUCGCCGCCAGAUACCCGGAGAUGAAGAUCAAGCUCGAUGAGGUGGUAGACAAGGACGUGAGGGUGCAAGCGGAUACAAACAAGCUCGUGGAAUUAGGGUUCAAGUACAAAUAUGGGGUGGACGAGACGUUGGAUGCAAGUGUGGAGUGCGCCAAGCGGCUGGGGUUGCUUUGAUUUGGAUCAAUCCCGUAUCUAUGAACCAUUAUAUAUAUAGUCAAUGUCUAAAUGGCCAUGCUUUGGAUAAAACAAAACGUACCCUCGUACGAUGGAAGAAUAAAAUAUAGUUUUGCAUCAAAUAUGUUAUUUACUGCUUUGAAUUUUUACGUACACCCAGAUUAUUUCGGACCGUCCAUUCAGUACAGAUCAU